CUUUCUUGUCUAGAUAUUUCUCCUAAAACUCAAUACUAAAAUAGGCAGUACAAUAAUAACAAUCAAAUACAAGUACUUUUUAACAAAAAAUCUAGGAUCAAAAAACAUAAACCUCUAAAAAGAUUCCUAACAACCAACAUAUAAAAUUCAAAAGCUCUAAAACACAAACAAUCUCAAAACACCCUACUCCUUAAACACAAACUUUAACUUGAGGAAAAGAAGAUACCAAAACCUUCCCUACCAAUUAAAACCAAGAACCUUCAAAAAUCUCUUCGUUUCCCUUCCCUUCCCUCCUCUCUAUCUUACUUUCCCUUCAUCCCAAAACCAUGUAACAUACCUUACCAAAACUACCCUACAAAAACUAGCCCAUCACCCUUAAAUUCUAAUAAAACUUCGGCUUAAUGCCGAAUUCUUCCCAAACCUACCCUAAUUCCCUAUCCAUCAACAUCAUCCUCCGCAUCAUACUUAGUAUAUCCUGCUCACUAAUUCUUCUUCAUCAAUGCCAAGAUCACUAGCCGGGCCGCACCAACGCCGAACCCACCCAUUAAUAUGGUGUGCUGCUAUAAUCUGCACAAUCUGCACCAUUAUAGUCAUUAUUACUGGCAUUGUAGUGUUUGUUGGGUACUUAGCAACCCACCCAAAAAUCCCAAUUUUAAACAUCAUAAAUGCCCAUCUUGAUAGAUUUGAUUAUACUCAAGCUGGGGUUCUUAAUACUGAGCUUACUAUUUGGUUUAAAGCUGAAAACGAUAAUCUAAAAGCUCAUGCUAGCUUUUCUGAUUUUAUUUAUGAAUUGAAAUUUCAUGGGAUUAAGAUUGCUACAUUGAAAAAUUGGGAUUUUAAGGUUGAUAAAAAUAAUAGUAAGAUUUUUGUGUAUGAUGUUAAGUCGGAAUCAAUACCAUUGAAUCCUGAUUUGAUGGAAAUUGUUGAUCUUUCCAUGACUAGAGAUAAGAUUAUGUUUGAUUUGAAAGGGCAUACAAGAGCAAGAUGGAAAGUGGGUCCUAUUAAAUCAGUUAAUUUCUGGUUGAUUAUGAGUUGUGAUCUUCAAUUUCAUAUGGAUGGGAGUAGUAUUGAUUUUCAUUCUUGUUCAUCUAAGCAUAAAUAAUUUUUUUUAAAAAAAAUUACGGGUUAGCCUAGUAUUUGAGGGUUUAUGCUCAUUAUUAAUUUUAUUUAUUUCUUGUCUGUAGAGGAUUUCGAACUUAAUCGAAUAAAUAAUUUAUUUUAUCUUUUAGAUUUAGUUUAUUCUUUUGAGGAAUUUGUAUAGAAAAGGAAAAAGUUUUAGUUUGGUACAAGUGGGUAUACUUCAUUACUUUGUAUACAUCUCUUGGCUUGAUUGAAUAUAGAUAGAUUAUUGUUGGAGGACUUGAAUCACACUUUCUGCUUUAUUUUCCAUCUGGGUUUCUUUCUUUCUUUAUG